GCGCGGUGGCCAUGUUCCAUGGCAGUGGUCGAGUGUGAUUUGUGAGGCGGGCAGCCUGUGACCGGGCUGGUGGGGCUGUGGGCACUGUCGUCGUUGUCGUUGCCGCUGCCGCUUACCCUGCCCGGGUGGGGUAGGGCCGCCGGGCCUGAUCGCCGCCAGCGGGUGGUGCUCCUCUCCGUCGUUACGCGGGCUCCAUGUGAGGCAGGCUGGAAUGAGCGAGAGGCGCUUCCAGCGGCCGCAGGAAGGCGUCGCCGAAGCCCCGCACUUGUUCUAGUUGUUUCGGGCCCCCGGGCCUCAGGGGGCGCGAACGGGAGGAGGCGGCGGCCGCGGCUCCAUGAUGACUUCCCAUGGCAGCUUCGACCUGUCCCGGAGGAACCCGCAGGAGGACUUCGAGCUGAUCCAGAGGAUCGGCAGCGGCACCUAUGGCGAUGUUUACAAGGCUCGGAAUGUCAAUACUGGAGAGUUAGCAGCUAUAAAAGUUAUUAAGCUGGAGCCUGGUGAAGACUUUGCCAUUGUACAGCAGGAGAUUAUUAUGAUGAAAGACUGUAAACACUCAAAUAUUGUCGCGUAUUUUGGCAGUUACCUCAGACGCGACAAGUUAUGGAUCUGUAUGGAGUUUUGUGGUGGUGGAUCAUUACAAGAUAUUUAUCAUGUGACAGGGCCUUUAUCAGAACUACAGAUAGCUUACGUGUGCAGAGAAACACUACAGGGUUUAUAUUAUCUUCAUAGCAAAGGAAAAAUGCACAGAGACAUAAAGGGGGCAAAUAUUCUUCUGACAGAUAAUGGCCAUGUGAAAUUAGCUGACUUUGGAGUUUCUGCGCAGAUUACUGCAACUAUAGCAAAAAGGAAAUCGUUUAUUGGUACUCCAUAUUGGAUGGCCCCAGAAGUUGCAGCAGUGGAGAGGAAAGGUGGAUAUAACCAGUUGUGUGAUAUCUGGGCGGUUGGUAUAACUGGGAUUGAGCUCGCUGAACUUCAGCCACCAAUGUUUGACCUGCAUCCAAUGAGGGCUUUGUUUUUGAUGACAAAAAGCAACUUCCAGCCCCCAAAGUUGAAGGACAAGAUAAAAUGGUCUACUAACUUCCAUCAGUUUGUAAAGCUGGCACUUACAAAAAAUCCAAAGAAAAGACCAACUGCUGAGAAACUAUUGCAGCAUCCAUUUGUGACACAGUCUUUGAGUCGUACUCUUGCUAUUGAAUUGCUUGAUAAAUUGAACAACCCAGAUCAUUCCAGUUACCAUGAUUUUGAUGAUGAUGAUCCUGAGCUAAAAUUUUUGGGAAUCUUUUCACCUGCUUCUCCUCUUGCACGCCGAGCCGCACGUUUUGCUGCUCGUAAUAAGCCUCCAAUUUCUGUUCCUCACCGAAUUCAGUCAACUAGCAGAAAUGUGAGGGAAGAGAGAACACGGUCAGAGAUUAACUUUGGACAAAUAAAAUUUGAUCCACCAAUGCGAAAGGAGACCGAGCCUCAUCAUGAACUUCCCAACUGUGAUGAUUUUUUCGACAUUUCAGAAGAGAUCUACUACACAGCAAGAUCUAAUCUGGAUCUACAGCUGGAAUAUGGCCAAGGACCCCAAAGCAGUUAUUUUUUUAGUGGAAAUAAGAGUCUUCUAAAGUCAGUGGAAGAGGAACUGCAUCAGCGGGGACACGUGGCACAUUUAGAUGAUGAUGGUGAUGAUGAUGAAUCUGCACAUUCAACAAUGAAACCCAGAGUGCCACCACCUCUUCCUCCCAAGCCAAAGUCCAUAUACAUACCACAGGAAAGCAGUUAUACUGAAGAAGAGAAUCAAGGAACAAUCAAAAGAUGUCCUCUCGACAGUCCUGCGCGACCGAGCACUCAAGUGCCCCCAAGACCUCCCCCUCCCCGGUUACCUCCCAACAGCAAUUAUACCAGGAACACUGCCCUAGCAAAUGGGGUAAACUCCACGCAGGUGAAUGGGGAGAAAGACAGCAGCCCUCAACAGCAUUAUGAAAACCGAAGUAGUUAUCCACCAGGGCUUCCUCCGAGGAAGGAUAAGAAGGAUCUUCCUAAACCUAUUAGUAAUGGUCUUCCUCCAACGCCAAAAGUGCAUAUGGGUGCAUGUUUCUCUAAGGUUUUUAAUGGCUGCCCUCUGAAAAUCCACUGUGCAACAUCAUGGAUUAAUCCAGAUACAAGAGAUCAGUAUCUAAUAUUUGGUGCUGAAGAAGGCAUUUAUACUUUAAACCUCAAUGAAUUGCAUGAGACAUCAAUGGAACAGCUUGUACAGAGAAGGUGCACAUGGUUGUACGUGAUGAACAAUUCAUUAUUAUCGAUAUCUGGAAAAGCUUCACAACUUUAUUCUCACAACUUGUUGGGUCUUUUUGAAUAUGCCAGACAAAUGCAAAAAUUGCCAGUAUCCAUUCCCGCCUACAGGCUUCCAGACAGGAUACUUCCAAGGAAAUUUGCCGUAUCUACAAAAAUUCCAGAUACAAAAGGCUGCCAAAAAUGUUGUGUGGUGAGGAAUCCUUACACAGGACACAAGUAUCUCUGCGGUGCGUUGCAAUCCAGCAUCGUUUUAUUGGAAUGGGUUGAGCAAAUGCAGAAGUUCAUGUUGAUCAAAAAUGUUGACUUUCCUCUUCCAAAUCCUUUGAAAGUCUUUGAACUGCUGGUGGUUCCAGAACAAGAAUACCCAUUAUUAUGUGUUGCUGUCAGUAAAGGAACAGAACUUAAUCAAGUUGUGCGGUUUGAAACUGUCAAUCCAAACUCAACUUCAUCCUGGUUUACAGAAACAGAUACGCCACAGGCAAAUGUCAUCCAUGUCACUCAGCUUGAAAGAGAUACAAUAAUAGUCUGCAUGGACCGAUGUUUAAAGAUUGUAAAUCUUCGAGGUAGAUUGAAAUCCAGCAGAAAACUGUCUUCAGAGCUAACAUUUACUUUUCAAAUUGAGUCUAUAGUUUGUUUACAGGAUAGUGUGCUUGCUUUCUGGAAACACGGCAUGCAGGGAAGAAGUUUUAAGUCAAAUGAGAUAACACAAGAAAUCUGUGAUAAUACAAGAAUCUUCAAACUUUUAGGCUCUGACAGAGUUGUGGUGCUGGAAAGUAGACCGACAGACAACCCGACUGCCAAUAGUAACUUGUACAUCUUGGCUGGCCAUGAAAACAGCUAUUAAUUAGUGUCAGAUUUUUGCAUGAGAGUGCACAAAAGAAAUUUCAGGACUGGUUUCUUUCGCAUUGAAGAAUGUUUGAGAAUGAUCAAAAGUCACAAUACUGUCUAUGUCAUAGACAAUAAAGAAAUCAAUCAAUGGUGUAUUUAUUGUGGCAUCAAACGUGGGGGACAUUAAGUGCCACAGCCACCUUAAUUUCAAAAUGCUACACAAGUGCUUGGUUUACCAUAUGUAAUCUAUGUACAUAAAUGUGUAGUUUUCCAGUGCGUUCUUCAUCUUGUUGAAGCUGCACAGAUUAAUGUAGAUAGUAGUGCAUAUGAUGUACAGUUAAGUAUCUUUACUGUACAGAUGUGGAAAGGUUUGCAUGAUGCAAAACUUAAUUUGGGUACUGCUUUUAAGGAAUUAUUUGGGUUUUCCUUUACUCUGUUGAGAUUUAGUAAAUAUUUUGCAGCAAGAAAUAAGCAGUAUACCCAUGUAAUCAUCUGACUAACACUGUUGUAUUUUAAAGUGUAAUUUAGACAUGAAUUGGAAUAAUCUUGAAAGUUGUAAUCCAAACUUUUCAUUUGUUUGCUUGUUGAUUUUAACAGAUUUCUUGCAAGUACACUGGUAUUAAGUUUGCACAGUAAUGCUGAGAAAAUGUGAUGUAUUUUAUUCAUGUAGUUACCUAGUGAUAUGUGGAGCAUCCAUUUGGACUUAAUUGUCCUAUUUUCAAGUGUAGCAGGAAAGUGCCACUGUUUAAUGACUGUUGAUGUCUUUUAUAUUAUCAUAUUUUAAACAUACAAAGAAAUUUGGAUUGAAUCAGCAAACAUUUACUAUCCCGGUAACAUCUGUAUUUUACAGAGCAACAAUUAAAUACAGAAAUUUUCUUUCUGCUCUGCUCUGAAGUCAUGUGGCCUAUUUUAGCAUGACUUUGAAAGCAAAUACAACUUAUCUUUUGUAUAUGGGAAAAUUAAAACACUGUUUAAAAAAAAGCUUAAAUUUAACCAUGGUACCAACAUGCAAAAUCUUCAGAAAGUCUUGUUCAUAAAAUUAUCCAAACUUUUAAUGUAACACUAUACCAUUGCAUUAAUAUCAUCCAGUUAUACAUGUUCAGCUGCCAAUAAUUUUUGUAAUUAAACAAGGACUUAACUUUUCUAAAUGGUAGGGGUUUGAAACAUCCAAUUUCAGUUUGUUAAUUGAAACUGUUCCUUGUGUAAGCCUCAUUUUGCCAAACCAACAUGCAUUCAUCAGCAUUUUCCCCAAACUCUUUUAUGCUCCUUUACACACAACAAAAAUUAGUUAAGUGUUUCUACCUCAUGUAGAUACUAUUUUUGUGGGAAACACUCAGCACUAAAGCAUUAUUGGUAUUAGAAAUUUUCUUCCGACUCAGUCAGUUUGAAGUGUCUAAUAUUUGUAUAAAUUAUCAACAUAAUUGCACAGUUAGUCAUGUUACGUUUUUAUACAUUUCCAUGUUUUCAUUUGAUCAUGGUCAUUGGGAACAAAAGUUAUGAUUUGUAUUGAUUAGCCAAAUUACUGAUAAGAUUCUAUUGUUUCUGGUUAUGUAUAUAUUGUAAAAUAAAUUUGAAGGGUUUACAUUGAAAGGUUACAC